CCGUUUUCAAGGCUCCUCCAUGAUGUUUAUGCUUCAUUCAUUCGAUCAAGUCAGUGAAGUAAGUCUCUUGCUCGACAAAUGGACCGCAGGUGUCAAGGUAACACCACUUUUUAAACCUUUAAGGACGAAUCAAGAAAGCCAACAUUGAACAGUGUGCUCCUUCCCUCCAUCAGCUCAUUUCGUUGUCGUCCGACGAUAAUCUGUCGUAUGAGGGGCACUGAGGGGCACCAUGGAGGGAGGGGUACCUCUGUGACACCUUUGGUGUACAGGGUGUGGUGGAGACGAACCUCUUAUCGACGAUUAGAUUAGAUAAGUAAGGACCCGCAACAAAUUUUCGGAUUGCAAUUCGAUCGCCGCCCGCCGAGUCGCGAACCAGAGAGACAGAGACAGACAGAAAAAAAACUACACAAGCCCGUCUAUUGUCGUGUUGUAGGACUCCCCAACGCAUUCGGGCACCGUAACGCCGCCAUGGAGGACCAAGUACACAAGCCUCAUCGGAAGGCGAAGGACAAAAAGAACAAGCAGCAUACUGGAGAGAAAAACCCCAAGGCCUUUGCCUUCUCCAACCCCGGAAAGCUUGCAAGGUCCGCUGCGAGAUCUUCAGACAUCAAAGAGCGACGCUUCCAUGUUCCCCAAGUCGACCGACUCCCCGACGAGCCGCCUCCGAGGCUGGUCACUAUCGUCGGACCUCCCGGUGUCGGCAAAACGACCCUGCUUAAGUCGUUGAUCAGACGAUACGCGAAAGAGACUCUAUCCGACCCUCAAGGCCCCAUCACCGUUGUCACCUCCAAGAAACAGCGAUUGACCUUUGUCGAGUGUCCCAAUGAGCUCGAGGCGAUGGUCGACAUGGCCAAGAUCGCAGAUAUUGUUCUGCUAAUGAUUGAUGGAAAUUACGGCUUCGAGAUGGAGACAAUGGAGUUUCUCAACGUACUUGCCGCCACCGGUAUGCCUGGCAACGUUUUUGGUAUCCUCACGCAUCUCGAUCUGUUCCGGAAACCCCAGGCCUUGAAAGAUGCGAAGAAACGGCUCAAGAGAAGGUUAUGGAGCGAGUUGUACCAGGGCGCGCAUCUUUUCUUCCUUUCUGGAGUCAUGAAUGGCCGCUACCCUGACCGUGAGAUCCACAACCUUUCUCGCUUCCUGUCCGUCAUGAAGAACCCCCGACCCCUGAUCUGGCGUAACUCGCAUCCCUAUGCCAUCAUCGACAGCUACAGAGACAUCACCCACCCAACAAAGAUUGAGGAGGAUUCCAAGUGCGACCGUUCCGUCGUCUUGUCGGGAUACUUGCGCGGCACCAACUUCGCUUCGCAGGGACAGAGAAUCCAUGUCCCAGGACUCGGGGACUUUACCGUAGCAAACCUAGAAGUCCUCCCGGACCCUUGCCCGACCCCGGCCAUGGAGCAAGCCAUCGCCAAGGUCACCGGAAAGACGACGCGGCGGCGCCUGGAUGAAAAGGAAAAGAAGCUACACGCACCUAUGUCUGACCGCAGCGGUCUCAAGAUUGACGGCGACGCCAUCUGGAUCACGAGAGAAAAGGGUUUCACUUUCGACAAGGACGGCGAGGAGGGAGAAAUGGGCGAGGGCGAGGAACUCAUCGUCGGACUCCAGGGCGAGCGAAAGCUCUUGGGUCAGACUGAAGAGGGUGUUCAGCUCUUCAAAGGAGGCGAACAAGUUAAACAAAUUGCCGAGGACAAUGACACCGGCAGAAAGACCCACAGACAAGCACGUUUUGCUGACCGCGACGAUGACUCCGAGGUCGAGGUCGAUGAUGAGGGCUUUAUCAGCGGCGAAGAUGAGGGUGAAUCCGAUGUUGAGGAGGAGUUCAACGAAGGCAAGCUGGGCAAAAUGUUCCGGAAGGCCACCGAAAAGGACGCCGACGAAGAGGAUAUUGCUUUCGCCGAUAGUGACUCCGACCUCGGCUCGUUAUCAGGGGUGGAAGACGAUGACGAAAACGAUGUGGACACGGACAACGAAGACUUCGACUCGGACGAGGAGGCUGCAGCUAUGAAGUGGAAGGAAAACAUGGCAGAACGCGCCAAAAAGCUCCACGGCAAGCGGCGCUCCUACCAUACACCAGACCUGGCCAGGUUCAUGUACGACGACUCUCUGACGGCGGAAGAGGCGCUGCAGAAAUGGCGGGGCGAGGACCAGGACGAGGAGGACAUCGAAGCGGAUGAAGAGGACGACUUUUUCCAGAAGUCCAAGCAGGACAAGGAGGACAAGGUGGAGGACAGAUCGAUACCCCAGUACGACUACGAAGAUCUGGCAGCGAAGUGGUCACAAGCGGCAAAUGUCGAAGCUCUGAGAAAGCGCUUCACUACUGCGGGACUGCGUGACGAUGAUGGCGAAGAUGGCGAGGAUGAAGACGAGUUUGACGGUAUUGACGACGAGGACGAGGAUGACGAAGGCGACGGUGUCUUCGAGGAUCUCGAGACCGGUGAGCAACAUGGAGGCGAAGAUUCCGUCGAGCAUGAACCCACCGAAGAAGAGAUUUUUGAGCAGGAGCGUGAAAAGAACGCGAAGCGGAAAGAAGAGCUCAAGCUGCGCUUCGAGGAGGAGGACAGGGAGGGUUUCAUGAAUGACAAGGCCAACGCACGGCGAGAGGGCGGCGACCAGGAGUUCGGUGAAGACGACUGGUACGAGGCGCAAAAGGCCGUCAUCCAGAAGCAGCUCGACAUCAACAAGGCCGAAUUUGAGACACUCGACGAGAGGCAAAGGGCCGCGGUUGAGGGCUACCGGGCCGGCAAGUACGCCAAGAUUGUGCUCGAGGGCGUCCCGGCCGAGUUCGUCACCAAGUUCAACCCGCGCAAUCCUAUCAUCCUCGGCGGCCUGUCGCCCACCGAAGACCGCUUCGGCUUUGUGCAGGUGCGUAUCAAGAAGCAUCGCUGGCACAAGAAAAUCCUCAAGACCAACGACCCGUUGAUCUUUUCGCUCGGCUGGCGGCGGUUCCAGACGCUCCCCAUCUACAGCAUCUCGGACUCGAGAACGAGGAACCGCAUGCUCAAGUACACGCCGGAGCACAUGCACUGCUUCGGUACCAUCUACGGUCCGCUCAUAGCACCCAACACGGGUUUUGUGUGCUUCCAAUCCUUCUCAUCGGCGAACCCCGGCUUCCGGAUAGCUGCGACAGGCACAGUCCUCAGCGUCGACGAGUCGACCGAGAUCGUCAAGAAGCUCAAGCUCACGGGUACGGCGGACAAGAUCCACAAGAACACGGCCUUCAUCAAGGGCAUGUUCAACACGUCGCUCGAGAUUGCAAAGUUCGAGGGCGCGUCCAUCAAGACGGUGUCAGGCGUGCGCGGUCAGAUCAAGCGCGCGCUGUCCAAGCCCGAGGGCCAUUUCCGCGCCACAUUCGAGGACAAGAUUCUGUACAGCGACAUCGUGUUCCUGCGCGCGUGGUAUCCGAUCAAGCCGCACCGCUUUUACAACCCCGUGACGAACCUCGUCGGGUGGCAGGCGAUGCGGCUGACCGGGGAGGUGCGCCGGGCCGAGGGUAUCGAGACGCCGCUGCAGAAGAACAGCCAGUACCGCAAGAUCGAGCGCGAGACGCGCCACUUCAACCCGCUGCGCGUGCCCCGUGCGCUCGCCGCGGAGCUGCCCUUCAAAUCGCAGAUCGUGCAGGCGCGCAAGCAGAAGAAGGACACGUACAUGCAGAAGCGUGCCGUCGUGUUGUCCAAGGAGGAGAAGACGGCCCGCAAUCUAUUGCAGCAGCUGUCGACGAUCCGGAACGACAAGGUGGCCAAGCGUGCCGCCAAGAAGGAGGAGAAGCGUGCCGAGUACCGGAAGAAGGUGGCCGAGUCCGAGGAGAAGAAGGAGGCAAGGGAGAAGAAGGAGAGCAAGGAGUUUUGGCGCAAGAACGGCCGCAAGCGCCAGGCACCGGAUGAGGGUGCUGGCGGUGGCGGUCAGAAGCGCAGAAAGUAGAUGUCUGGGGUGGAGGGCCACUACGGAAUCAAGGUGGGCGGCGGCGAGAGGUUAUGGAAAACUAUACGGUCUGUAGAAUGUAUGUAAUCAAGGGCGCUCGGCAAUCAUCUGCAUGAGACGGACGCAGGCUGUGAAGUUUUUUUCAAUUGGGUAUCUAACAUCAAAUCACUUCCUUGAUACAUGUCAAACGUCAUCUGGCGGCUUUCCUUCUGCCUCUGUAUGAGGUUCAUCUUACAUCUCUAGUCGUCGUUUUUGAAGAUGGUAGGCCCAACCUAGAGCGGCAAGGUGGACAACAGCAAGCAUUGGUUUUGCUGAGGCUCCAUGGACAUGACAACACAGCCUUCUGACAGCAGGCAGCUUCAUGCUCCUCGUCGAGUGGAUAUGCAUUCUUGCCUGUUUUGCCCCGCCAAAUGUUAUCACUCCUGCAUCGGCUAGGACCGAUAGCUUUUUUGUUGAC